GUUGACCGGCAGCCCCCCCCCCCCUACAUGCAUCGAACCUUUGCAACAACCUCCCUGAGCGACAUGUCAACGUCUUUCAAGCCUAUUUCGAAGGUUGUGGCAUCUAGUGAUGGCAUGCCGAUUUACGCAGAGGCUAUUGGCGAUCCCUCAAAGCCGGCACUGAUCAUGGCACAUGGAAUGGCGCUUUCUGCUGCUACCUUCGACGAUGUUUUCUUUGACAAACGCAUGCUGAACGAAGUUUACAUGGUUCGGUAUGACCUACGAGGGCACGGCCGUAGUGGCAAACCCACCAAUCCUGAGGCGUAUGUCUCGUCGGUAUGGGCGGAUGACUACACUGCGGUAAUGCAAGCGUUUAACAUUGGGAAGCAUGUGUUCCUCGGAUGGAGCUACGGAGCCACGGUUGCUUGCGAUAUCUGCGCAAACAUCAGCCCGAACCCAUUAGCGGGGAUCGCAUGGAUGACGCCCUUGCCCUACGUCGGACCUAUCAUGGGUGCCGUCGGCACUCCCGUGAUCCUCGGGUUCCUUCCAGGGCUCGUCAGCGCCACCGACGUUGCUCUGCACGUUAGCACCAAGAUCGCCUUUGUAGACUCCCUAGUGAAUGACCCCGCGGCACUAGACUUCAAACUCAAGACGUCCAUGAUCGGGCAAGCAAUGUUGCAUCCACCGGAGGUGGCGCAGCUUAUCACGACGCGACCGCAGGAUCCCGCGAAGCUCUUCGAGGCGGGCCAGCAGGGCGUUCCACUGCUGUUACUACAUGGAACCGCCGACACGCAGGUCAAGGGGGCCGUCGUAGAGAAGGAGAUAGGCCCGCACUUCAAGGACUUUGAAGUCCGGGAGAUCGAGGGUGGCUGCCAUGCUUUACCGCUCGAGUAUCUUGAUGAGGUGGUGGAGUCGCUACUGAAGUUCGUGAAACGAGUCGUGGUACGUGAAUCCGAACUGUCCCACUUCACAGGUUCUGAUUAUGAUCUGUAGCACGUACAGUAGCAC